AUGGAUAACCACUCCACCCUACUAGAUGGUUUUGGUUUUACUGAAAUGAUUGGAAUCCAAGCUGAAGGACAGGCAGGAGGCAUGGUGGUUCUUUGGAAUCACAACAUUGUCACAAUCCAUAAUUUUGUUCGUAGAAGCCAGGAAAUCUCGGCUACUAUAGACUAUAGAGAAAAGCAUAAGCAUGUUCCUUUAACAUCUUCUGUUCAUAUUCAAUGGAGGAAGCCUGGUAAAAGAUUGUUUAAACUAAUUGUAGAUGGAGCCUUCAUACAUAACAUAAUGCAAUGUGGCCUCAGAGGAGCUCUCAGAAAUGCCAAAGGAGAUUGGAUUAUGGGUUUCAAGCGACGAGCAUAUGGUGUCACACAGCUACAUGCAGAACUUCUUGCUUUACAAGAGGGACUAAGAAUUACAAUAGAAAAUAACCACAACCCCUUAGAGAUAGAAAUAGAUUCCACAGAAGUGGUUAAUGCUCCAAAUGAAGGAGAGGAAAAUCUUGCAUAG